AUGGCUACUACUCCUAAGCUUCUUCUUUUUUACCUCCUUUCAAUCUCUCUCUCUUUUCAUGGAGAUGCUUAUAUAGGUGUCAACAUUGGUACAGAUAUAACUAACAUGCCAAGUCCAACAGAAACUGUGGCCCUUCUCAAGGCUCAAAGCAUUCAGCAUGUGAGACUCUACGACGCGGACAGAUCCAUGCUUCUUGCACUUGCCAAGACAGGAAUCCAAGUAAUUGUUUCUGUUCCUAAUGAUGAGCUACUCGGAAUUGGCCAGUCCAAUGCCACAGCUGCGAAUUGGGUUGCUCGUAAUAUCAUAGCCCAUGUCCCUUCUACUAACAUUACUGCCAUAGCCGUUGGUUCUGAAGUCUUAACUUCACUCCCAAAUGCAGCUCCUGUCCUUGUAUCCGCACUUCAAUUCAUUCAUUCUGCACUUGUUGCAGCUAAUCUUGAUGAUCAAAUUAAAGUAUCUACUCCACUUUCUACUUCCAUCAUACUUGACUCUUUCCCACCUUCUCAAGCGUUUUUCAAUCGAUCUUGGGAUCCGGUCAUGUCUCCUUUACUUAAAUUUUUGCAGUCGACCGGUUCAUAUCUUAUGCUCAACGUAUAUCCUUAUUACGAUUACAUGCAAUCCAAUGAUGUAAUUCCUCUAGAUUAUGCUCUAUUCCGUCCCUUACCUCCGAAUAAAGAGGCUGUUGAUAGCAACACCCUCCUGCAUUAUACAAAUGUUUUUGAUGCAGUUAUUGACGCUGCUUAUUUUGCUAUGUCGUAUUUGAAAUUUACCAAUAUCCCUAUUUUAGUCACCGAGUCAGGAUGGCCUUCCAAAGGUGGUUCGUCCGAACCGGACGCAACUCCUGAUAAUGCAAACACCUUCAAUAGUAACCUUAUCCGGCAUGUUUUGAACAAUACGGGAACUCCGAAACAACCUAGAGUCACUGUUAGUACGUAUAUUUACGAGCUUUAUAAUGAAGACUUAAGAACAGGUCCGGUUUCUGAAAGCAAUUGGGGGCUGUUUUAUGCAAAUGGAGCGCCGGUUUAUACCCUACACUUGACUGGGGCUGGCACUGUGUUUGCAAACGAUACGACAAACCAAACAUUUUGUGUUGCUAAGAGUAAUGCAGAUACUAAGAUGAUACAGGCAGCGCUUGAUUGGGCUUGUGGACCGGGGAAGGUGGACUGUUCGCCUUUGCUACACGGUCAACCGUGUGCUGAUCCGGAUAAUGUUGUUGCGCAUGCUACAUAUGCGUUUAAUGCUUAUUAUCAGAAGAUGGGCAAAUCUCCCGGGUCCUGUGAUUUCAAAGGAGUUGCCUCUGUCACCACAACAAACCCAAGUCACGGUUCUUGUAUAUUUCCAGGAAGUGGUGGUAGAAAUGGUAGCAGCAUAAAUGGAACAGCACUAGCCCCUUCUAUCAACUCCACAACUUCAGCCUCUUAUUCCCAACACUACAAUGGUGGAUUUUUCACCAGCUAUGUGAUUUUUGCACUACUCUUGAGUGCACUUUUUGUCUUGUAA